AAUAAUCAAAACAUUCGUCAUCACCUCCACCACCACUAGAGGAAGAGGCCCAUUCCGUAACACAACAACCCUAUCUAUUACUCUAGCGACCACUAAUGGCCAACCCAACUCCCAUUUUGACUUCCAAUUUUCCCUCAAGUCCUAUAAAAUAAAACAAAUUUUUAAUAAUUGUAAUCUGACAUUACAGAUUUGCUCAAAUGGCUUCUUCAGUGACUCCUCUAGGUUCAUGGCUUCUUCACCACCACCAUCACCAUCCUUCAACUAUCUUAACCCAAUCCAAACCACCCAGAUCCAGAUCUCCUUCUCUUAAACCCAUCUCCCUAACCCCAAAACGCAGCGUUUCGUCUUCUUCUUACACAGUUUCCUCCUCCCUCAUCACCAAAGAAGACAACCUCAAAUCCACCUUCGAUUUCAUGUCUUACAUCCUCCGCAAAGCCGACUCCGUCAACAAAGCCCUAGACUCCGCCGUCCCCCUCCGUGAACCGCUCAAGAUCCACGAGGCGAUGCGUUACUCCCUCCUCGCCGGUGGCAAACGCGUCAGACCCGUCCUCUGCAUCGCCGCCUGCGAGCUCGUCGGAGGCCAAGAGUCCCUCGCUAUGCCGGCGGCUUGCGCCGUGGAGAUGAUCCACACCAUGUCGCUGAUCCACGACGACUUGCCCUGUAUGGAUAACGACGAUCUCCGCCGCGGAAAACCGACGAAUCACAAAGUCUUCGGCGAGGACGUGGCGGUUUUAGCCGGAGACGCGCUUCUCUCGUUCGCCUUCGAGCAUUUAGCGUCGGCGACGAGUCCGGAGGUUUCGCCGACCAGAGUGGUCAGAGCUGUCGGAGAAUUGGCGAAAGCUAUUGGGACCGAAGGGCUAGUGGCGGGACAAGUGGUGGAUAUAAGCAGCGAAGGGUUGGACUUAAACGACGUCGGGUUGGAGCAUCUCGAGUUUAUUCAUUUGCAUAAAACGGCGGCGUUGCUUGAGGCUUCCGCGGUUUUGGGUGGGAUCGUUGGUGGAGGGAGUGAUGAGGAGAUCGAGAGGCUGAGGAAGUUCGCGAGGUGUAUUGGUUUGUUGUUUCAGGUGGUUGAUGAUAUCUUGGACGUUACGAAAUCGUCGCAGGAGCUGGGGAAAACCGCGGGGAAAGAUUUGAUUGCUGAUAAGUUGACGUAUCCGAAGAUUAUGGGUUUGGAGAAAUCGAGAGAGUUCGCUGAGAAGUUGAAUAGAGAGGCUCGUGAUCAGCUUUUAGGGUUUGAUUCCGACAAGGUUGCUCCUUUGUUGGCUUUGGCUAAUUACAUUGCUAAUAGACAGAACUGAAUAUUGUGUGUUUCUUUUUUUUUUUCUUAGUUCUUGUCGGAAUCUCUAUGAUCUUGUUUGAGGUUGAAUUGUAGAAAUAUUGGAGAGAAGGUAAAAAACAGAUUCUAGUGUUUGUAAUGAUCUCUCUCGCGUGUUGGUGCGAUUUUUUAUGUUAUAGAUUUAAUAUUAAGAGAUCAGUGAUUCUGAGUUUCUGUGACAGUUUAGUCAAAUGCUUGAAGUUGAUGAUGAACAAUGUGUUUAUAGGACAGAACCAUACGUUUGGAUCUCUCUCAUCUACUAGAUCCGUUAAUUGUUCUGAUUAGAUCUUAAAGGUACGAGAAGACCAAGUCGUCGUUUUUUGCACCAUGGAACCACUCAAGUCAACAAGUAAAGCGUAGUUGAAAAUAAUUGAAGAUGGGCCAAGCCUAUAUAUUAGUUCACAACCCAAGAUCUAACUCGAAAUAUUGGGUUUGUAAAGCUUUUCUAUUUUUCCCUUAUUUCGGUCCACCUUCGUGUAUUCGAAGAACGAUGUAGCUACCGCCAAUUUGACGUUAAAAAC